AUGACAAACCGGGCCAUUUCUCUAAUCAUGUCACAGUUGACAUCCCCCACAUGUGCUCCUGUGGAUUCAAUCCUGGCAUGUGUGCACUGCGCUAGGUCAAAAGCUAAGUGCGAUAGAAAGGUACCCUGCUCGCGAUGCAGGGUGAAGAAGCUCACCUGCCAAGCUCGAGUCCCACAGCGAGGUCAAGGUCGAUCGUCCGCGAAUAAUAAAUCCAAACCGCCGCCACCCACCAACACCAACGAGAGCUCCGAUACCGUCGAGUCCGAACCAGUCACAUCUACUACCGAUGGAGGUCCUAACACAACCUCACAAUAUUAUCCUACGGGAAAUGGCUUGUAUAUGGACUGGUCUCAUUCAGCCAUCCAUAAGUGGGCCAGGAAUCGCCCCGGGAACACAUUGGAAGCGGACUCUUUGGCGCGAUUCAUAGCGGCUGCACCUCGCGUAGACGAAAGCUACCAUCCCAAUCUCUCUCUCUCUUCGCAUCCUAUGCCGGGGAUGCUCGGGACAGCUGACGAUUUCGACUUCGUCGUUCCAACUCGAGUGCCGUCACCAGCAGCCCAGUUGCCUAAUUUUAGCGGGAUGCCUUCAUGGAAUCCCGCGUUUUCUAUCUCCCCGGGCAUGUUGGCAAGGUCGACAAAUGACGAUGGAGACGAUCUCAUGGAUCACUACCUUCCGGCAUCAUCUUUAUUCCCCUCUCUGGAGGCCAGUCUGCCCGAUUAUGACCAGUUCCAUACGCUGGAAGGCUGGCCACUUUUUCAAUGCAACCCAAUUACGCCGUCAUCUGCGUGCGCACCCACGGCCGCGAACCACGUCAAAAAUCUAGAUUUUCUGCUCAGGGGUGGCAAUAUACCGAUACAACAGUGUCAUGCAGUUGAUUCACACACCGCGAUUGAAUCUCUUCUGGUCAGCACGAGAGAAAAUCUGAUCGCUGUUUUGCAGUGGCUUUGUACUGAGGCCCAAGAACUAUAUGGGCUGCGAGGUCAAGACGAUGGAAUUCCUGGAUGUUCCGUACCAUCUAUUAUGAUGUUGCCUUCUCCGCCCGUGUUAGACACCCUUUUGAGGGCCUACUUCACCAGCUACGAGCCAUAUUACCCCUUUAUACCUACGAUGUCACUGAAUGAGCACAUGGACGGUAGAUGUACUAACUUGCAAAGCAUGCGAAUAUUCCUCAUGCUCGCCGGCGGCGGCAUGACGGCUGGAGCUGGCGAGGCAUGCGUGCAAUUGGCGCAUGGGCUGCUCGAGAUAUGCCGUAUUUCAUUACGAAAACUCACCGAACAAAACGUCAUUCUGGCUUUAGAUCACGAGGUCUCGCAAUGCGCUCUUCUAAAUCUUCUUGUUUCCGCGUGGAGUGGCGACAAGUGGCAGAUGGAUCACCAUGACGAUAGACAAGCCCAGGUGGCCCGCAUAGAAUCCUUUGAUAACGUCGCUCAGUCCUGGGAGGCAUGGAAAGAACAAGAGAGGGCAAACAGAACCACGCAUGCAUGGCUAAUCCUGGAUCACGAGAUAUGUCUCUUCCAAGAUGCCCCAUCUAUCUCAUUUUUUCCCUCCGCUAGCCUGAACACGCCUAUUCCAAGCAUGGAUGCCGCAUGGCGGGCCCAAUCCGCCAAGCAUUGGAUUGAACAAAUGGCAUUGCCUUCGGGUCAAGUCAUCAUCCCUCCUUCUCUCGGUGAAUGGAUAGGCUGGUUCUCGGAAACGAUCUCGGAGACGACCAAUUUCAGCGCCACGGUACACAUUUCCCCUAUUACGCUGCGACUCUUGCUCUGUCAUCUUCAGAAUCAAGUGAUUCAGCUGCGAUCUACGAUGGGCACUGUUGCUGGCAGAGGCAGUAGUCCCAAAGGACCCCAGCACAUGUCGAUUGUUCUCCAUUCAGUGCAAGUGCAAACCGUUCAAGAACUUCUCCACAAGUGGUACGAGCUGGCCAAGAUCCAGCCAAAUGAGACGGCCACGCCAGCAACUGCUUCCAACAUGAUGCUCUAUCAUCUGAUCAUGCUCAAUGUGAUUGUGUGCUUCCCAGAUAUAGAACAUCUAGCACGCAGCGGUGGCGAUAGUAAAGGGGCUAGGAAAAGGCCUUUGCACAAGAAACACGCCUAUCACUUGGAGAAUCCACGACAGAUAUAUUUUCAUUGUGGCCAAGUGUUGCGCCAUGUCCGCACCGUACCGGAGCCUGCUCGUCCACCCUGGUGGGCUGGUGCCGUGUAUCGAGUAGCGCUGAUCACCUGGGCAAAUGGCAUGGUCUGCGCCGACGGGGACGAUGCCCAAAAUCGGAGAAACAUGAAAACAGAGACUACGGUGGCCUUGGAUAUGCUUACGCCGGAUCAUGCAUCUAUCGUGAACUAUCUAAAUAACGAAGCCGGGAUCCCCGUAUUUGCGGACUUGAAUGGCGCGAAAGUGCCCCUCGACAACUCCGUCGGCAUUCUACAACAUUUUGCUCGUUUCCUUCAGACGGACAUCAAGACGAAGUUCACGUUCGGGGUUCAGCGAAAGUUAUUGACUAUGGCGCGUCGGUGGGAGAGUGGGACUACACAAAAUUUACAAUUCGCGAUUUGA